AAAAAAAAAGUAAUAAAGCAAACGACGCCGUAAAGGACGUUAACAACAAGAUGUCAACAACUACCUCAAAUAUUCACACAGAAGGCUCAAUUGCUCCGAGAGUGAAGGAGGGAGACCGAUCAUCAAACUGGCGGCAACAAAUCAUUGAUUUUCAGGGUCCUAGUAUAUAUGCAUUUAUAUUAUGGAGCUGAAUACUUUCAGAGGAUCUUUUGAACAUGUAGUGAAGAAGCGAAAGUUAUCAUCUUCAAAUUGCCUUCAAGUGGUUGAUAAAAUUAACCAUGAACUUGAGCGGGCUUUGUUAAGAGUGCAAUCAGAUCAAGACCUUACCCUCACAGUGGAUCCUAAAUCCAUUUUGAAGGAUCUGAAAUCUAAGCUUGAUGAAUUUGGCCCAGAAAAGGAGUUGGAGAGCUCACAGAAAGAGCUAAACACAAAUCUCAGCAAAACUCAGAAGCUCCUUGAGAAAGCACUAAACCCUGACAUAUCGAAGGCAAACAGAAAGAUUGAGUUUGAUGGUCAGACAAUGAAUAAGAUAAUCACAGAUCAUCUCCUUUCCCAAGGCAUGUUUGAUGUUGGGGACUGUUUAAUUAAAGAGACAGGUGCACCAGAAGCUAAUUUGCUACGAUCUCAGCUGUUAGAGAUGUACCAGAUUCUGGAGGCUCUUCACACUAGAAAUUUACAACCUGCCUUAAACUGGGUGACUGUAAACCAUGAAAAGCUGAAAGAAAAUGGUUCAAGUCUUGAGCUGAAACUUCAUCAGGUGCGAUUUAUGGAGUUAGUGCAGCAAGGGAGCCAAAGUGAUGCCCUCAAGUAUGCCAGAGCCCACCUUGCUCCUUUGGCUUGUUCUCAUAUGGAUGAGAUUCAAAAACUUAUGGCCUGUCUUGUAUGGAUAGGUAAGCUUGAGAAAUGCCCUUAUUUUAAACUGUUGGCUAUAACUAAUUGGGAAAAGUUGGGCGAUGAACUAUCACGACAGUUCUUUCUACUGUUAGGCCGGUCUUGUCGUCUGCCACUGGCGGUGGCUGUAGAAGCGGGAUCUAAAACAUUGCCUAGUCUGUUGAAGCUCAUGAAUUUGAUGGGUGUGAAAACACAGGAUUGGCAAGUGAUGGAGGAACUUCCAUUCCCAGUGGAUCUUGGAAAGAGUUUCCAGUUCCAUUCAACGUUCAUAUGCCCGGUGACUAGGGAUCAAGGAACUCUAGAGAAUCCUCCAAUGUUGUUACCUUGUGGCCAUGUUCUAUGCCGGCACUCCAUCUUGAAAAUGUCCAAGAAUAACAGCAGGACCUUUAAAUGCCCAUAUUGCCCCCUUGAUUCCUCAGUUGCACAAUGCAGGCAACUGCAUUUCCCAUGAUGAUUGUAUACUUCCUUUUGUUGUUUCUUGCCUAGCACAAAUCUCUGGAGUUAUAUACUCCGUAUUUAGUUAUUACUUAAAGUUUCAACACCCAUCUGAUAUUUUAGCUGUUUCGUUCAUGUCAAUGCUUGUAUUUUGUGAUCCGAAGGCUAUACAAGGGAACUAGUGAAGAUCUCGGGGAAGUCCUCCAACCUGCA